CUCCUCCUCUUUUUUAGAAGCAGCGAUCGGAGAUGGAUGUCUCUCUUUGCCCAGCCAAGUGUAGUUUCUGGCGGAUUUUCUUGCUGGGAAGCGUCUGGCUGGACUAUGUGGGCUCCGUGCUGGCUUGCCCUGCAAAUUGUGUCUGCAGCAAGACUGAGAUCAAUUGCCGGCGGCCGGACGAUGGGAACCUCUUCCCCCUCCUGGAAGGGCAGGAUUCAGGGAACAGCAAUGGGAACGCCAGCAUCAACAUCACGGACAUCUCAAGGAAUAUCACUUCCAUACACAUAGAGAACUGGCGCAGCCUGCACACCCUCAACGCUGUGGACAUGGAGCUCUACACCGGACUCCAAAAGCUGACCAUCAAGAACUCAGGACUGCGGAGCAUCCAGCCCAGAGCCUUUGCCAAGAACCCCCACCUGCGCUAUAUAAACCUGUCGAGUAACCGGCUCACCACACUCUCGUGGCAGCUCUUCCAGACGCUGAGUCUUCGGGAAUUGAGACUGGAGCAGAACUUCUUCAACUGCAGCUGCGACAUCCGCUGGAUGCAGCUGUGGCAGGAGCAGGGGGAGGCCAGGCUGAACAGCCAGAACCUGUACUGCAUCAGCGCCGACGGCUCCCAGCUCCCUCUCUUCCGCAUGAACAUCAGCCAGUGUGACCUUCCUGAGAUCAGCGUGAGCCACGUCAACCUGACUGUACGAGAGGGUGACAAUGCUGUCAUCACUUGCAAUGGCUCUGGAUCACCCCUGCCUGACGUGGACUGGAUAGUCACUGGGCUGCAGUCCAUUAACACCCACCAGACAAAUCUGAACUGGACCAAUGUCCACGCCAUCAACUUGACGCUGGUGAACGUGACGAGUGAGGACAAUGGCUUCACCCUGACGUGCAUCGCGGAGAACGUGGUGGGCAUGAGCAACGCCAGCGUCGCCCUCACCGUCUACUACCCCCCGCGCGUGGUGAGCCUGGAGGAGCCGGAGCUGCGCCUGGAGCACUGCAUCGAGUUCGUGGUGCGCGGCAACCCCCCGCCCACGCUGCACUGGCUGCACAACGGGCAGCCCCUGCGGGAGUCCAAGAUCAUCCACGUGGAAUACUACCAGGAGGGCGAGAUUUCCGAGGGCUGCCUGCUCUUCAACAAGCCCACGCACUACAACAAUGGCAACUACACCCUCAUUGCCAAAAACCCACUGGGCACAGCCAACCAGACCAUCAAUGGCCACUUUCUCAAGGAGCCAUUUCCAGAGAGCACGGAUACCUUUAUCUUGGUUGACGAAGUGAGCCCCACACCUCCUAUCACUGUGACCCACAAGCCAGAGGAAGACACUUUCGGGGUGUCCAUCGCGGUUGGGCUCGCUGCUUUCGCCUGUGUCCUGCUGGUGGUUCUGUUCAUCAUGAUCAACAAGUAUGGUCGCCGGUCCAAAUUUGGAAUGAAGGGUCCCGUUGCUGUCAUCAGUGGUGAGGAGGACUCGGCCAGCCCGCUGCACCACAUCAACCACGGCAUCACCACGCCCUCGUCGCUGGACGCCGGGCCCGACACCGUGGUCAUUGGCAUGACCCGCAUCCCAGUCAUCGAGAACCCCCAGUACUUCCGUCAGGGACACAACUGCCACAAGCCAGACACGUGGGUCUUUUCAAACAUAGACAAUCAUGGGAUAUUAAACUUGAAGGACAAUAGAGAUCAUCUAGUCCCAUCAACUCACUAUAUAUAUGAGGAACCUGAGGUCCAGAGUGGGGAUGUGUCUUACCCAAGGUCACAUGGUUUCAGAGAAAUUAUGUUGAAUCCAAUAAGCCUUCCUGGACAUUCCAAGCCUCUUAACCAUGGCAUCUAUGUUGAGGAUGUCAAUGUUUAUUUCAGCAAAGGACGUCAUGGCUUUUAAAAAACUCCUUUUAAGCCUCCUUGUUUUGAUGUCAUCUUGGUAGGCUGGGCCCUCUGAGAGGUUGGAAGCUCUAGGCAUUGUUCUCUUUGGAUCCAGGGAAGCUAAGUAGAAACUGCAUGAGCCACCGGUGCCCCCGCACCCUUUAACUCCACCAAGAUGGGUGUUGUCCCCCAUCCACCACUGGCAGGGUUGUCCCUUCCCUCCAAUCAUCACUGUGCUCCUUUUCUUUUUUUCUGGCCUAUGAGGCAGCUCCUGCCACCAUUUUUAGAGCCAAUAAAGAGAAUUAAAAACCCGUGCACCAGGAGCAUCUUUUAAACACACUAGUCAUCCUCUUGCUUUACAAAAACAACCUAAGCACCACGAGAAAGCCUGAUGAAGUCCAGCCGUGCUCCGGCCUCACUUUCCCUGCCUGGAAGCGUGGGAUCUUCCUGGCUCUCCCUAGGAUACCACGCUGUCCUCUUAGUGACCUCGUCGCCCUGCAGCCUCCAGUGGGGAAGAGUCACGCAGAGCACCUAAGCAGAGGCGGAGACGGCGCGGUAAGAGACGGGGGGAGCCAGGCCCAAGUAUUGACACCAAGUUAGGCCUCAGAGGAAAGAAUGGAAACCAAUCACUUUAUAGACAUAUAUUUUUUUGUUUUUUUGGUGGAAAAAAAAAAUCGUCCUUUUUUUGGGGCACACUUGCCCCUUACUUCCUGUUCUAUCUGCAACGGCUCACAGUGAGUGUGAUGUUAGAAAACUCCUGGGAAAGGAGAGUUUCUCCACUCCUCCUUGGCCCCUAGAGCUGCAGUUCCGACCAGCUUUGGCUGCAGGAGGUCUUGCCGUGAUUCGGCCAUCCUACUAGGACCACAAGGGACCGAGGGAAUCAGGGACCAAGGCCCUUCCUGCUAGUUCAUGACCCUGGGAUUGGCUCUCUUCCCCCACUUCCACUUAUUCUUGACUCUAAGAACUUUUGGAACCCAGUGGAAUCAGCAUUUCAAGGUCAAGAUGAACUGAAGGGGAAGAGAAGUAAAACUUGGCCUCCUCCAGCCCCUCUCAUGGCACCAAUGGAAGUGUCCUGUUCUCUGGUCAAUAUAUGUGUUUACUUUGCUUGCUUUGACUCAUGCCUUACUCCAGAGCCACCCUCUCCCAAAGAGGGGGUUUGUUUCCCCUGUUUUCAACUUAAUCCACUGGGGAGAGGGAAGGGGAUGACUUUCCCUUGCUUUGAUAGGAAAGGCACAUCUGUAGGCCCUGAAACUCGCCCAGGUUUGCUGAUACCUUGGUUGAGUAGACUUCUGGCUUGGCCCAGCUCCGCCCACCCAUGGGGCCUCCAUUGUGAAGUGAGCCUGUGCUGCCCGCGAUGCGGGAUGGAUCAGGGAGCUGCCUGCGGGGAGCUCUUGGGACCAAAUGGCGAUUGUUUUGACCUAAUAAGCCUUGCGGUGGUAUUGCACAGCAAUAGAGAGUAGAGCCUAUGCCUUUGGCAAAUUUACCUGGGAGUUCAAAUUCCCACUUAAGGGUUUUACUUCCCAGGUCCUAUGGAUGGUGGUUCUUGCCGUCAGGGUCCUAGCCUGAUUCUCAGAUGCCUCCAUGGGAUUUACAAACAUGAAGCUGUCCAAAUUCUUGCUCAGUAUCUGGGGUGGCCUCCCAGGCACCCGAGUUUCCAGAGUCUCACCUGGGGAUGCAGGUUCUCUCCAGGGCCGCCAGGUGUGUGCUGUCUCGCCCCCUCCAGCUCCCUCUUCCCACUCCCCGUUGCUCCAUGUCAGGCUGUUCCCUGUCAUGCCCUGCUGACCCUUCGGGGUCAGUGCCUCCUCCCAAGUGUGGCUUUAAGGAGUAAGCUUGAGGAUGAUGUUUUUGAUUAUUGUGAAUCAUUACCUCAUUUCCAGCCGCCCAGGCUCCAUCCAUCCCAGCAUCUUUUAUUCUGCCAUUUUCUUCACCUUGUGCUAUGACAAUGGGGCGUUGUGUUUCCACAGAGACUUAUAGGAGUGUUCAGUGUAUAGUUUCUUAAUAAACACUUUAUUUUCUAAUGAAA